AUGGGGACUAAAGGAAACCUCUUUCGUUGCAUUGAUUGGACAGAUAAAAUUCUGAUGUUAACUGGCACUUUGGGUAGCAUUGGAGAUGGGUUGUUGACACCACUUACCAUGUUUACUCUCAGUGGCUUAAUCAAUGAUUAUGCUACUUCUGAAUCUGGCACUUCUAUAUCUCUCUCCAUUGAAGUAGUUAAUAAGUAUUCGCUAAAGCUGCUCUACGUUGCUAUUGUUGUUGGAUCAUCUGGUUUCCUAGAAGGAAUUUGUUGGACAAGAACAGCAGAAAGACAGACAUCUCGAAUGAGAAUGGAGUACCUAAAAUCAGUCUUGAGGCAAGAAGUUGGAUUCUUUGACAAGCAAGCUACUUCUAACACCACCUUCCAAGUCAUCUCUGCCAUUUCUUCUGAUGCUCAUUCAAUCCAAGACACCAUAGCCGAUAAGAUACCGAAUCUAUUGGCUCACCUCUCAUCAUUCAUCUUUACUUUUGUAGUUGCCUUUGCACUUUCUUGGCGAUUGGCGUUGGCAACCUUGCCAUUUACAAUCAUGUUUAUCAUUCCAGGAGUUGCAUUUGGGAAGCUACUAAUGCACAUAGGGACGAUGGGAAAGGAUGCCUAUGCAGUGGCAGGAGGGAUAGCAGAACAGGCAAUCUCAUCGAUCCGUACAGUUUACUCAUAUGUUGGGGAGCAACGGACACUAGAUAAAUUUGGCAAUGCACUUCUCAAGAGUAUGGAGCUUGGCAUAAAGCAAGGCCUUUCUAAGGGAUUAUUGAUAGGGAGCAUGGGAAUGAUUUUUGCAGCUUGGAGUUUUUUGUCCUGGGUUGGCAGUGUUCUUGUUACUGAAAGAGGAGAAAAUGGCGGUGCUGUUUUUGUGUCCGGAACCUGUGUCAUCUUGGGCGGAGUGUCCCUCAUGAGUGCACUUCCAAAUCUGUCUUUUCUAUCAGAAGCAACAAUUGUUGCUGCGCGAAUUCACGAGAUGAUUGACCAGAUUCCAGUUAUAGACAAUGAAGAUGAAAAAGGGAAAAUCCUACCAAAUUUGAGAGGAGAAAUUGAAUUUAAGGAGGUUAACUUCAGCUACCCAUCACGGCCAGAUACCCCGAUUCUGCAAGGACUCAAUCUUAAAGUGCAAGCAGGUAAGACAGUAGGUCUUGUUGGAGGCAGCGGAUCUGGUAAAUCCACUAUUAUUUCUUUGCUUGAAAGAUUUUAUGAUCCUGUAACUGGAGAUAUAUUCCUUGAUGGCUACAAGAUAAAGAGACUUCAGCUUCAAUGGCUGAGAUCCCAAAUGGGACUAGUUAAUCAAGAACCAGUUCUCUUUGCGACAUCUAUAAAGGAGAACAUUCUAUUUGGCAAGGAAGAAGCACCCAUCGAACUCGUUGUAAGAGCAGCUAAGGCUGCAAAUGCUCAUGACUUCAUUGUGAAGUUACCUGAUGGAUAUGAAACGCAGGUAGGGCAAUUUGGAGUUCAGUUAUCAGGAGGACAGAAGCAAAGGAUUGCAAUAGCUAGGGCUUUAAUCCGAGAUCCAAAGAUCCUUUUGCUUGAUGAAGCAACAAGUGCUUUAGAUUCAGAAUCCGAAAAAGUAGUACAACAAGCCUUGGACAGGGCUUCAGUAGGAAGAACAACAAUUAUCAUUGCCCACCGUCUUUCUACGAUUCGUGAGGCUGAUUUGAUAAUUGUUCUUGAAUCUGGGAGAGUGAUCGAAUCAGGUUCUCACAAUGAAUUGAUCCAAAUGAACGACGAAGAAGGUGGAGUCUACAAUAAAAUGGUGCAAUUACAACAAUCAGCACAAGGAGAAAACUUCUACUCUCCCUAUUCCCCAACAAAGGGGACAAACCAUCGUAGAUUGCAUAGCGUGCAUACUCCGCUGCAUACAAGUGUGAAAUCAAGUUAUCACAGCAGUCCAGCUUCUGCCUUUAGCCCUGUAUUCUCCAUUAGUAUGGCACAUACAGUCCAAAUUCCUUCCUAUAAUGAACAGAUCGCUCCAAACUUAAAUAAUUCCUUUCGUACUCCCCCUUCUCAAUGGCGUGUGCUAAAAAUGAACGCACCUGAAUGGAAGAGAGCAUUCCUUGGGUGCCUUGGUGCUGCUAGCUUUGGAGCAAUUCAACCAGCUCAUGCUUAUUGUCUAGGAUCAAUUAUUUCAGUAUAUUUCCUGCCAGACUAUUCCAAAAUCAAAUCAGAAACCAGAAUCUAUUGCUUUAUCUUUUUAGGCGUAGCUUUUCUCAGUUUCUUUACUAAUCUUCUCCAGCAUUACAAUUUUGCGAUCAUGGGAGAACGAUUGACAAAAAGGGUGCGAGAAAAAAUGCUUGAAAAAGUUCUCACCUUUGAGGUUGGUUGGUUUGAUCAAGAGGAGAACACUAGUGCUGCCAUUUCCGCUCGGUUUGCUACUGAGGCACUCUUGGUUCGAUCCCUUAUUGCAGACCGUAUGUCGUUGCUCGUUCAGGUUUUCUUCAGUGCUUCUAUUGCCUUUGUGGUUGGUCUACUGCUCUCAUGGCGAGUAGCCAUAGUUAUGAUUGCCAUCCAACCACUACUUGUGGGAAGCUUUUAUUCAAGAAGUGUUCUAAUGAAAAAUAUGUCUGAAAGAGCUCAAAAAGCACAAACUGAAGGAAGCCAACUAGCUAGUGAAGCCAUCAUUAACCACAGGACUAUUACUGCAUUUUCAUCACAAAAGAGGAUAUUGAAAUUCUUCGAACAAGCAAUGAAAGAACCCAAGAAGGAAACCACGAAGCAAUCAUGGCUUUCAGGUUUUGGUCUAUUCAGCUCCCAAUUUCUUACAACAGCUUCUGUAGCUAUUACUUUUUGGUAUGGAGGAAGGCUAAUGGCUCAAGGAAAUUUAACCUCCAAGCGCCUUUUUCAAGUAUUCUUCCUUUUGAUGAGCACAGGAAAGAAUAUUGCAGAUGCAGGAAGCAUGAGUUCUGAUUUAGCAAAAGGCAGCAAUGCCAUCAUAUCAGUUUUUGCUAUUCUUGAUAGGAAAAGUGAAAUCGAGCCAAAUAACCCUAAUGGAAUCAAAAUUAGAAGGAGUAUUGAAGGUGACAUUGAAUUAAAGAACAUCUUCUUCUCCUAUCCAGCAAGGCCUACACAGAUGAUCUUUAAGGACUUGAGCCUGAAAAUUGAAGCAGGAAAAACGAUGGCACUUGUCGGACAAAGCGGUUCAGGAAAAUCCACUAUCAUUGGACUAAUUGAACGAUUUUAUGAUCCGCAAGGUGGAUCAGUCCUGAUAGAUGAAUGUGACAUCAAGAGCUAUAACUUGAGAAAGUUGAGAUCACAUAUUGCAUUAGUGAGUCAGGAACCUACUCUUUUUGCAGGAACUAUUCGCCAAAACAUUGUUUAUGGUAGUACAGAGGAUGAUGCUACGGAAGCCGAAGUCAGAAAAGCUGCAAUUCUAGCCAAUGCCCAUGAAUUCAUAAGUUCCAUGAAAGAUGGAUACGACACACUUUGUGGAGAAAGAGGAGCCCAACUAUCAGGAGGGCAAAAGCAAAGAAUAGCAUUGGCCAGAGCAAUACUAAAGAACCCAAAAAUUCUUUUGCUAGAUGAGGCAACAAGUGCACUAGAUAGCGUAUCAGAAAAUCUAGUACAAGAAGCCUUAGAGAAGAUGGCAAGUGAGAGAACAUGUGUGAUAGUCGCGCACCGACUGUCGACAAUACAAAAUGCAGAUUCUAUAGCUGUGAUCAACAAUGGAAAGGUUGUAGAACAAGGAUCACACUCUGAUCUACUAGCCAUCGGACGCCAAGGUGCCUAUUACUCUCUUAUUAAGUUACAAGGUGGCCUUUCCCUGUAAAAGAUACUACUACGAUUUGAAGUAGUCAAUCAUGCUAGAUUAAACAUCUCUAUGAUGCCCAGUUUCAGCAAUAGCCAUAGUUGUUCUUCGCUUUGGUCAGCUUUUGAUAUUACAUAUGAAAACCUUUGAAUUGUCAGCUGAUCACUUUUCUGAAACUCAAAAGCUCUAAACAAAAUUAAGUAUCGAGUGGCAGCAGAAAAAGAAAAUGUAUCUAUGGCUUGAGAA